UUCAUCAGACACCAAUGCGUGUUUUUCAAUCGAAAGCACAGAUUAGAUUGUAGGAAUAAUUUACUUUUUCCGGAUCAAAGAAUGGAAAACUGGAAGAUCCAGCUUGUCGUGAUGACUUUUUGCGUGUUGGUGCAAACUUCUCAAGGAUCGUCUAGUAGCACCGAAGAGGAGAGAAGGCUAUCCAGGCACUGGCAGCACCAGUCUGUGGAAAGCGCUAUGACCAUCCCUGUGGAAAGUCUGAUGAAAAGAUCCAAAGCCCUUCGCUUCUAUGGUCUGAUGGGAAAAAGAGAAGUGACAAAGAAAUCGUUUCAACCAAAAAAGCGAAAUAAAGGGGAGACAUUUGCGGGCCUGAUGGGGAGAAGUGUUACCAAUGAGGAGUCUUUAAGUGGAGUGAUUCCUUCGGCAACAACCAGAGAGAUCCACGAUCCAGAGAAACCAUACAAGCAAGCUUCCCUAAAGGAAUGGAUACGCAUCUUGUACUAAUCAGACAAAACAUCUAUACAACGUUUACGCCAACCAAAGACUAUAAAAAAUAUUUUUAGUAAAAAAUUUCACCCUGGUUUUUUUUUUUUUUGAUCAUGCCAAA